GGUAGCUCACCUAUUCACCCAACGACUGCUAUAACUAUCUGCACCCUCAAUGUAUACCGGCAAAAUCACCGAGUCUGCCCACGCUUCAGUAUCCAGGCACAAGCGAAAAUGCUGUGUGCGCUUCAUAAUCUUCAUGUGGCAUAUGAUGUUUAUCUUGAACUCAAUCACCGUAUCAACUCCCGCCUGGAUAAAUUCCUGGGCCAUGACAUGGACAAUUGGCACAUUCUUAACUCAUGCCCAGCAUGCCAAUACAGCCUUGUAGAUGAGCCGCCUCUUGAGUUUUCUUUUCUCUGUGCAUUAGAUGGGAAUAACUCUGCUAAACUCAUUGAUCCCACAAUACGCAGUGGCGAGGAACAUCCAGACCCUCGCUCAGGGAUGUCAUCAAUCUGGCUGACCGAGUCCUAUGUCGACCAAUUCAAAGACAAAGUUCGAUCAGCUCGUGCUCGUCAAGGGCAGUGGCGGCCUGCUUCUAGUGUUGUUGGCAAUACUGCGCCAUUGCACCGCCCCAGUUUUGCCACUCUGGCAAUUGCCGGCGAACUCAGAGGGGUCCGUGGCAAAACUUGGCACAUCUAG